AUGAAAUACUUGAAUCGCCUUAUCCUAACAGUUUUCUCAUCCGUCAUUUUGCUCUUAUGUUCAUCGAACGGGCGAGAAGGAUCUCUUUGCAGCGGGGUGUUAACUCUUGAUUUGCCGGUCCGUUAUUUACAUAUUCAGUUGACUCGCAAUGGACAUAACGUUACGUCGUCAGUUGGAAAACUUUCGACUGCUGUUUUCGGUAACUGCAGUUUCAAGUCAGAAAUAAUUGACAAUUUUGACGGUUCAUAUGUUCUACGGUUACGGUUGUGGUCACCUUGCCCAGAAAUAAGUAUUUCUGUAUUUUCGCCAUCUGGAACAUCUCUUUGUGGUUCGCCUCUAAUUAUUAAAAAAGACAGCGGAGAACCCCUUAUUCCGGAAAUUUGUGACUGCGCAAGGAUAAGUAUGGAAAAAUGGUUAAGUGUUGCCGACUGUCCAAACAGUUUCUAUCAAAUGGAGAAAGACAUGGAGCAAUGGGAUUUUAUUGAUUUUCGUAAAGCUAUUCAAAAAGUUGAAAACUCGUGGGGCAAGUCAGAAAAUAAAUACAGUUAUUCUUUGUGUCACUACCAGAUUGUCGAAAACAAAAUAUAUCGUCGUUGUUACGGGAUGUAUACGGAUUUUCGACGGUUUGUUGACAACAUGUUAAUAUCACUUGUCCGGAAAAUGAUACUUCCAAACACUGAAUUUUUAUUUAAUCUUGGUGAUUAUCCGCUGCAGAAAAUCGAAGAUGGAGGCGUGCCUUUAGUGGGUUGGUGUGGUUCAGAAAAUACUAUGGAUAUUGCUCUUCCAACAUACGAAUUAACUGAGUCUGUUAUCGGAGGAAUGUAUACCGUAAAUCUUGAUGUUCAUACGGCGAAAGGUCAGAAACAUUGGCCAUGGAGUACCAAAAAGUCUACAGCAGUAUUUAGGGGGCGUGAUUCCAACGAAUUGCGUUUGGAAAUAUCGGCUUUAGCGAGGGCCCGCCCGGAUUUAAUUGAAGGAGGGAUAACUCAAUAUUUUUUUCACAACGAGUCUCUUCACUCUCCUCAUGUUGAACAGAAGCCGUUCUCUAAUUUUUUUGAACAUAAAUACGUCUUAAAUAUUGAUGGCACUGUGGCAGCAUACCGGUUACCUUUCCUCUUGGCUGGCGACAGUGUUAUUUUAAAGUCGCCAUCGGAAUAUUACGAGUACUUUUACAGUUAUCUGAAGCCGGGAAUUCAUUACAUUCCUUUUUCACUGUCUAAUAUAACUCGUUUACUUGAAGACUCAGAACAGUAUGGAUUCAAUCAGGUCUGCCCUGCUUACUGUAGUGACUGUAUGCUUGAAUAUAAAAGUUGUGAGAGGACUUUACCACCAAAGAAGCAAUUUGUUCUGGACCACUUACAGCCACUUAAUAUUUACUGUGCAUACGUCAAGUUUCUGCAAGUAAGUAAUGAGUAGUA